AUGAACUGGCCACCAAUCAAGAAGACAAAGAAUACUAUUCAAUCAAAAAUCAAUACGAGUAAUGAUCUUGAAAAAUUCUUUAUAGAUGGAAAACGUGCAUCAAGAAAACAAUUCCCACUUCAGAAUGCCUUUGUCCUCACUUCUGAUAAAGUGCAAGGUUUAACAUUACUUCAAGUAACUACUUCCAUUGAUGAAUUCUUAUUUGCAGAAGGUCAAGCUUACAUCGCAAUGAGUCGUGCAACUUCAUGA